GCUGAUGUUGCUUUUGUGCUGCAAGCCCAUUCUCCGCAGUUCAAGAGAUCUUUCUCGUGCGGGCCAUGUCGCUGGCCUCAGUGGGCUCCUUGGUGAUCGGCACCUUGCUGGGGUUUCUUUUCUUCGCAAUCGCCGGACUUGGAAAGUUGCUGCCUCAGCAUCCGAUGCACGCGGUCUUGAGGUCCACGUUCGACAAAGCCGCUGGGCCCUUCUUCGGCCUUCCCAGCACUUUGCUGCGACUCGUGAUCGGCCUGGCAGAGCUCAGUGCUGGGCUCGUCUUCAUGGCGGUUCCCUGGGGGGUGAAUGGUCUGCCUGCCGACAAGAAAGCUCCUGCAGAGGCGUUACUCCUAUGUGCAAUUCUUGGCAUGCUGGCCAUCAUGACCGGGGCACUUCUCUUCAACUGGAUUGCAGAACGGCAACUUCAAAAGCUCACACCCUACAUUGUGUUCAUCACUUUGCUGAUACUAUUCUUCCGCAUCCAGGUGCAAACUACGGACUUCGAGCGACUGCCAGAGGAAUGGAUGCAGUUCAUGUACUACUUUCCCGCAUUCUGUGGCGUUGGCAUGGUCGUAUCAUUGCUGUGGGCGUACAAGUUUGGCAUCACCAUGGAAGAGCUGCAUCAGCGGAUGGAAGAAAUCCAUCAGAUGCGGGAGCAGCUAUUGGAGAAAUAA